AUGAGCUUCAAGCAGAAAAACUUAGAAAAGCACUUGAUAAGAUCCCAUUACGCACUUUGAGAUCUGCAUUUAAUCCUAUUAUUCUUGACAACUCUGAUAAGAUCAAGUCUGCAUUGAGAAAUCUUGCUGUUUUGUACUAUCAAAGACCUAGAGACUGUUUGAAUAAAUGGAAACUUGGAUGUGAAAAGAAGAAGACUGCUGAUUCCAACAAGAAACUCAAGGGAGCCAUGCUUAAGAACGCUCUUGAAAAACCAGUCCGAAAGCAAGUAA